AUGUGCAUCACAACAGGCAAGGGCUCACCUGUGGAUCAUGUCCCCUUUGAGCCGAUUGCCAUCGUCGGCAUGGCCUGUCGCCUGCCGGGAUCGAUUACGACCCCUUGUGAUCUCUGGGAUGUACUCGUUAAUAGGAAAUCGGUCCAGACCCCAACUGUGCCCGAAAGCCGGUUUAAAAUUGAUGCGUUCUACCAUGAGAACCUGAAUAGACCCGGCAGUUUCAAUGUCCGUGGAGGUUACUUUCUUGACGGCAGUCCUCAGGACUUUGAUCCCAACUUCUUCGGCAUCACCCCGAUUGAGGCCAUGUGGCUAGAUCCGCAGCAACGGCGUAUGCUUGAAGUUACGUAUGAGUGUUUGGAGAACGCCGGUAAGAGAUUGGAAGAUGUUGCUGGGGAGAGUAUCGGGGCAUUUGUGGGCUGCUUCACCUCAGAUUACCAACAGAUGCUUCAUCGCGAACCGGACUUCCGGCACGAAUAUGCAGCCACAGGGACUGACCCUGGUCUCCUCAGUGCGAGGAUCUGUAAUGUGUUCGACCUACGCGGACCAAGCGCCGUUAUCAAUAGCGCCUGUUCUUCAUCUAUGACUGCUAUACAUCAAGCAUGUCAGGCACUUCAGACGGGCGAAUGCGACGGCGCAAUCGCAGGAGGCGUGAAUCUAAUUGUUUCAGUCGAUCAGCACAUGGAUACCGCUAAGCUGGGGAUCCUAUCGCCAACAUCCACCUGCCACACCUUUGAUGCUGCAGCAGAUGGGUACGGCCGUGCCGAAGGAGCAGGCGCCAUCUACCUACGCAGGCUCAGUGAUGCACUUCACAGUGGUGAACCGAUUCGAGCAGUCAUCCGCGGCUCAGCGCUUAAUACAAAUGGAAAAGUUAAAGACCAAGGAAUCACCCAUCCCAGUGUUCAAGGCCAAGAAAGGGUCCUACGUGCUGCUUACAAGAGAGCCGGCUUGGACCCAACAGACACACUCUAUGUUGAAUGCCAUGGGACUGGCACACCGGUUGGCGAUCCCAUAGAAGUCAAAGCCAUUUCUAACGGAAUGAAUGAAAGACGGAGUCGCCAGCAGCCGCUACUGCUGGGUGCAAUCAAAGCGAAUAUCGGCCAUAGUGAAGCUGCCAGUGGUAUAUUUGCUGUGAUCAAAGCGGCGUUGAUGGUGGAGUCUGGUAUCAUACCCGGGGUAGCGGGCUUCAUAACACUCAACCCAGCUAUCAAGGAAGACGAGUGGAAUGUGAAAAUCAAUGUGGAUACUAGACCGUGGCCUGAGAGCCCUCUCACCCGGCGGGUUGGAGUAUCGUCCUUCGGAUAUGGUGGCACCAACGGCCAUCUGAUUGUGGAGGCCGUCCAUUCUGACCACGGGAGGCUAAUGUUCAAACCAGAGUAUAGAAACUCAAACCCUGGAAAGGCUCUGAACAUCGAAGCGCACGCUUGUAUCGUCGAGAAUCACCGCCUUCAAGACUUGGCAUACACACUCAAUUGCCAUCGAACUCACUUUUCACACAGAGCCUUUACUAUUGCACUAGAAGGACAUGAAGUAGAAAACUUCAGCAAGCCAAAUCUCGAGUUCGACGUGGCAGAAGAUCCUGGCCCGAUCGCCUUCGUCUUCACGGGACAGGGUGCGCAAUGGGUUGGCAUGGGAAAAGAUGCUAUGCGCAAUCUACCCGUGUUUAGCACGACCAUAAAGUAUUUAGAUCAGUAUAUGAGGACACUACAGCCACCGGUAGGAUGGACCAUAGAGGAAGCGUUGUUGGGAAACAUUGAUUCAGACCACAUAGCGGAGCCUGAUGUUGCACAGCCACUCUGCACAGCAAUUCAGAUCGCAAUAGUCGAUCAGCUAAGAACAUGGGGAAUUACCCCCUCUGCCAUCGUGGGACACUCUUCCGGAGAAAUCGCAGCAGCAUACGCAGCGGGCUUGCUAUCUGCUCGGGAAGCCUUUGCAACCUCUUUCUAUCGUGGCGAGGCAGUUGCACAGAAAAGCCCUGCAGGCUCAAUGCUUGCUGUAGGCCUCGGGGUGGACAAGAUCGAACCUUAUAUUCGUGGCACAGACUUUGUCGUUUCAUGCGAGAAUUCCCCGGAUAGUGUGACGUUGAGUGGCUCGACGAGUGCGAAAGAAAAGCUGAAAACGCAAAUUCACGCCUCUGGUGUAUUCAUGAGGGAGCUAAUAACAGGAAGACCCUACCACUCGCCCGCAAUGGAACCUGUUGCUGAAUCUUAUGAGCAACUACUUCUGGAUGCAAGCCGGAGGACUGAUUCGUCUACCGCCUCAGAACGGCUCGCCCGGGUCCCAAUGAUUUCUUCUUUGACAGGGAGCCAGGUUUACGAAUCUGAUAUCAAUCCUAAGUAUUGGGCGGAAAACCUCUCUAAUAGGGUUCGCUUUCAUGCAGCAAUAGUCGCGCUUAACAGUCUGGAAGAGUUGGAGUUGAAUCACUUUGUCGAAAUUGGGCCUCAUUCAGUCCUCGGUGGGCCGUUGAAGCAGAUAAUGUCUGCAGAUGGUAUUUCAAAGGAAUUCAAAUACAUACCGAGCCUUAUCAGAGGAUCUGAUUCAUGCAACGACUUGCUGCGGGUCGCUGGGCGUCUGUUCCUCGCCGGCUAUGCUGUCCGCUUGCAGAAUGUGACAAACGACUUGGCCAGAGAACCAGGGCCGCAACUGCUAGUUGAUUUGCCCGCGUAUCAGUGGAACUACACAAAAGACUAUUGGCAAGAGACCCGCUUAAGUCAGGAGCAGCGCCAACAGUCAGAGCCUCGACAUGAUCUACUGGGGAGACGGGUGGCCGGCCUCUCUGAUACCAAUCAUGUUUGGAAAAAUGUUCUACGGCUUCGGGAUGUGCCGUGGCUAAGGGAUCAUCGCGUUGGCAGCGAGCUUUUGCUACCUGGUGCAGCGUACAUUGCAUUGGCUAUUGAAGCCCUGUGGCAGAUUAGCGAUACUUCAUUCAGCCCUUGUGAUGGAGUUUGCUUGAAAGACUUCAACUUUCAGCAAGGCCUUGUGAUACCGGACAAUGAUCAUGGGAUUGAGGUAGUAACUCGACUGACGCGGGAGAGCGAUAAGGGAUCCGACUGGUAUACAUUCACCGUCGAGUCUCUCCUGGACAACCACUGGACCAUCCAUUGUGGUGGCCAUAUAACGGCUCGCAAGACCAAGCUUAAUGUAUCCAGCCAGUGUCACCAACAUGUCAUUAAGAAAUUGCAUCAACGUACCAACCCCGACAGGUGGUAUAGAACGUUCGAUCGAGUUGGAGUCUUUUAUGGCAACACGUUUCAGCGCUUAGGGCAGGUCGAAUCCAACGGCCGGGAUUACGCAGCAGCAAGUACCAUCGGGUUAAACCAAAAGAGUGGGACGAUUGCCGGCGAGUCAAGAUAUGUCAUGCAUCCCGGAACUAUUGAUGCCUGUUUCCAGCUUGCCAUUAUCUCCUUCGAGCAGGGACGAUAUAAUGUCAUGCCUUACAGCACCAUCCCCAUGCGGGUCGAAGAGAUGACCAUUGCUUAUCCUGAAGAAACCGAAGGAAAUGCAUUCGCAUGGACAGACGAGUGCCAGCGCCCCUUUUUCCGGUCACACAUACAGCUAGUUAAUUCGAAUGGGCACCCGAUGCUGGAAUGUAAGGGAAUAUGGUUCAAGGAGCACGAGAUGAGCUGGUCGGCUCGCUCGACAGCGGUCGUUCCGGAUCAGAAGUACAUGCAAUACCGAUGGCAACCUGACAUUGACUAUGCAGCUAAGUAUCAGGGACAGUCAUCCUACAAGUCGCUGGAAGAGGCUGCCCACGAAUUAGUUGGCCUGAUUAACCACAAGCGACCGAUGCAAAGAGCUUUCGUUGCUGUAGGAGACGACUAUAGCCUCUUAGAGGCCGUGACGCGCCAGUUUCCCGUUACUGGAAAGUUAACCAAUGCUGAGUUCGACGGGGAUGUCAAAAAGAAACUCAAGUUCUCUCUACCGGAGGAUACAUCGAUAAUACAGUUCUCACCAGAAAUCCCCCAGUUGUCUUCAAGCUUGCAGGGCGCACAUGACCUUGUCAUUUUCAAGGGCCAGUUGAAUACGGCCAUUAUCCAAGAACUACAAUCUAUUUUGGCGCCCACCGGUAGGAUGCUCAUAAUGCAGGAUGGGAACACAUCGGUAACUAGCAGCUGUCUGGAUUGUCCUUCCAUAAUAUCUAGGCCAGCAUUAGAGCUAUGUGUCUCACAGACUAGCCUGCUUCUCUCCCAGGAGUUAGAGUACGAAGGUGACCGACAACCAGAGCCAGCAGCGGUUACCUUGGUAGUCAAAGAAAGUUCGGACCAACGUCUCGUGAGGGAGUGUGUGGAAGAGCUACAGGUCCUGGAAGUGGCUGUCGAUGUAGUAAAUUUGCACCGGACAAACCAUGCAUUUCACCAACAUACGGUGAUUCUUGACAUCGAUGGUACCAUUUUGUCGAAUCCCUGCCAGACACAAUUUGACAUGCUCAAGAAGCUGGUUCUCUCUGAGGAAAGUGUGCUUCUCUGGCUCACUUUGGGUGUCAACCAAGGCCGCACUGCCGAAGGCGGGCUGAGUCUAGGAUUCCUGCGGGUUGUCAGAUCGGAGAAUCCUGGAGCUAAGAUCCUAUCGUUGGAUGUUGACUGGGAGGAGUCUCCCCAGAGCAUCGCACAGGCUAUGUUGGCAGUUCUGGGAUCUGCAGCACCUCAGAGCUCUGGCCAGGAGAUGGAGUUCUGGCUUCACGAAGGCAUUCUCCACACCAAUCGGUUGGUGCCAUGGACAUGUCCCAGUACGUCUCCGAAGGAUAGUCAGGCGGUUAAAUUGCCACUGGACAUGCCGCUACAGAGCGGAUUUGUGAAAAGCGAGUUCAUCUUCAGGGUCAAUGAGGAGUUUUCGAUGGACUCAAAGGUGGACGAACUAUGUCUCCAGGUGAAGAUGACCGAGUACCAGGGUUGGGCUCCUGACCAUCGCACAAAGCAACCGGUCAUCGUUGUUGGCCAUACAAUUUCCAAUGAUCGCGAAAGUACACUUCGCCAGGUAGUCACACUCUCCGCACAGAGUGGGUACCAAACUAUCGUCAAGGCACAGAAAGGUGCCUGUUUCGAAUAUGAAGGUCUCGACCCAGCACUUCUUUGUGCUGCCCUUCCAACCGUAUGCAAAGUCCUUCUCUGCAUGAGCUGGCUAGGAAGAGCCCAAAAGGAUGAUCAUAUCCUCAUUUUACAUAUGCCCCUCUUGUUUGCUAAGGUGGCCAUCAGUCUUAGUAAGGAAUUGAAUGUCCGGAUCACUGUCGUUGUAGCGACACAAGAAGGGAGUGAAGAACUAUACGAAGCCUCGGCGUCCGGCAUCCCGAUUGUUGUGGUUGAGGAUAUGCAUGCGUCUCAUAUGUCGCCAGUCCUCGAAGCCACCUCCGGGAAGUUUUCACUGGUGAUAUGCGAUAAGUUCUCAACAGCUGGUCAAGAGGCAUGGAGACAUAUAUCAGCGGCCGGUCGGUUUGUCUUAUGCAAUGAAGGUAUGGAAGGGAAGCUGGAUACAGGUCCUUUUACCAAGGGUGCUUCUUUCCUGCCGAUGGGAUACGAAAACCUCGGUACACAACAAGGGAUGACGGCUGAAAUCCUACAGGAUGGUUUGGAGUUUUUGAAGAAGAACAAGGACAUCUGGACGUCCCAUGUGCCAGUUUACAGCAUUGAUCAAAUGCCCACGCAGUCAAAUGGCAACCAGUUCAAUGCAUCUCCAGGUUCAACUGGAGAGGUACAUGCGGCAGUGCAAUUCAAAUAUGGUGAAAGUACGGUAAAGAUCCUACCUCAGAUCCGACGGGUCAAGUUCUUCCCUGAUGCAGCAUACCUACUCAUUGGAGGGCUCGGCGGCCUUGGAAGCAGUCUGGUCCGCUGGAUGGCUGAACGAGGAUGUCGGCAUUUCAUUUUCGUGUCACGCUCAGGCGCAACGCAGCCAAAGGCAGCACAGACCGUUGAACUUGCUGAAAAGGCCAGUGCAUCUGUACAGGUAUUUCAGGCUGAUGCUGGCAAUGAGUCCGAUAUGAGAGCAAUUGUCGCCCGAGCGAUGAAAGAAAGACCGAUCCGUGGUGUGGUGCACGCUGCAAUGGUACUGCAGGACGGCCUACUUCAGGGCAUGACAGCAGCGCAAUACCAAGCUGCCGUCACCCCCAAACUCCGCAUAGCACAUGUCCUCCAUUCCGUCCUCAUCAACGCCCUACUAGACUUCUUCGUCAUGACCAGUUCGAUCUCGGGCACAAUAGGCACACCAGGUCAGACAAAUUACAGUGCCGGGAACAGCUUCCUCGAUGCGUUCGCAGUAUACCGCCAGUCCCUUGGCCUACCCGCCUGCUCGAUAGCGCUACCCAUGCUCCUCGACGUCGGCGUAGUAGCAGAAAACCAAACCGUCGAGGACUCUCUCCAGCGAUUAGGCUUCUACGGAAUUGACGAGGUAGAGAUGCUCGAGGGUCUCGAAGUCGCCAUGUCUCCGAGAAGUCCCAGUCAUCUCGUGUUAGGGCUCGAUCCUUCCCUGCUGCACCGUUCUGCCGGUACAAACCGUCUAUUCUGGCAUGGUGAUGCUCGUCUGCGUGAUGUGCAGCGUGACUUGGAUCUUGUGCACGGUUCGUUGAGAGCUUCGAAACCGGAUGGGGAAGUUAUCGGUGAUGGGGAGGAGCUGGAUUAUGAGACGCUAAUGGCGCACGUUGGAGAUCGGAUUGUACAGAAAUGCGCGAGUAUGUUGGGGAGGGAGAUUGACGAGAUUAAUUUCAGUAAAGGGACUGUUGCCUCGUAUGGACUGAAUAGUAUGAUUGGGUCCGAGUUGCAGCAGUGGUUGUCUGGGGAGUUUGGACUGGCGUUGAGUUUUCAUGCGUUUACUGCGCCGGAGAUGACGUUUGAAGGGUUGACGAGGCAGGCGGUUGAGGCGCUCGGGGCGGGUGGUGCGAAGUGA